CUUUUGAUCACAUUAGUCUCGCAGUUACUCUCAUCAUUAUUACACAAGAUACAUAUAUUUCUUUACUCAAAACGUAGAACGGAGAGAACCCAAAAACUCCCUAAGGACAUGGCAACUGCCAAAGACGAUGAACAUAGGCAGCAACAAAUCAGCAGCUGUUGCUGUCGUUUAACGCGUAAAAAUUCGCGUAAUCGUUUUCAACGGCAACAACAGCAGCAGCAGCAGCAUCAGCAGCAGCAGCGCCAUCAGCACGCUCAGUUUCACUAUCACAUGCAGCAGCCACCUCAAUUACGUCCUCCAGCGGGUUCCCGUGCCCAAGCUGCUGCCGAUACCAAAUCUGACAUUAUUGUAGCCGGCAAGUAUCGUCUAUUAAGUCGCAUUGGUCAUGGAUCUUUUGGUGAACUAUAUCGGGCAUGCGGCCUUCAAUAUGGGGAAGAAGUAGCAGUAAAGUUGGAAAACGCAUUGGUCAGUCAUCCUUUGUUGCCUCGGGAGGCGAAGAUUUAUGGCUUACUAAGAGGCAGUUUGGGUUUUCCGCACAUUAAGCACUACGGCACAGAGGGGGUUUUUAAUGUUUUAGUCUUGGAUCUUUUGGGACCCACUUUGGAAGAUCUUUUGAAUUUCUGUGCCCGCAAAUUUAGUAUGAAGACUACUUUAAUGCUCGCUGAUCAGAUGUUGGCAAGGGUCGAGUACAUCCACUUGAAAUGUUUCAUUCAUCGCGACAUUAAGCCUGAUAAUUUUCUCAUGGGCCUGGGUCGACAACGUGCACGAGUGUUUAUGAUCGACUUUGGUCUAGCAAAAAAGUUCUAUAGUUCCCGGACAAAGCGACAUAUUGGCUAUAGUGAAAACCAUGAUUUGGUUGGGACUGCCCGAUAUGCAUCGGUUAGAGCCCAUUAUGCUGAACAGGGACGAAGGGAUGAUCUAGAAUCUGUGGGAUAUUUAUUACUGUAUUUUCGCCGAGGACAUUUACCUUGGCAGGGUAUUAAGGCCGAAUCUAGACAACAGAAAUACGAAAAAAUCGCCGAAAAGAAGUCCUCUAUAGCGUUGCAUUCGCUUUGCGGCGGUUUACCUAUCGAGUUCUUUAUGUAUCUGAAAUAUUGUCGCAGUUUGCAUUUUGCGGAACAGCCAGACUAUAUGUAUUUGAGGCAAUUAUUUAAAGUGCUGUUUCGUCGAAACUAUUUCCAUCAUGAUUUCCUGUUCGAUUGGGUGGAUUUAGAGAGGGAGGCAUCGGAGAAAAUGAAAAAGCGUCGUUGCUCUUGCCGUUAUCAUAAGCACCAGCACCGUGAACAGAAGCUUCGUGAAAGGAGCCAACUACAAGAACAGCAGGAAGCACAAAAGGAAAAUCAAACAGGAAAAUGAAGUCGAGCAGUAGCGACCUGCAAAACAUUUACUGAUCUUUGUUGUUAUAAUUAAGAUGCGGAUACACACACAUAUGCACACUCAUUUUUAUUUGUCCAUUCCUAUUCUGUUGUCCUCGUCAAAUUAAUGGAUCGCACAAUUGGCGAACACAAAAGACUUGCUAAUGCAAAAGCAAAUAUAAUAACAAAAACAGUA